GGCAGGAGGAGCGUGAACAACCCCCCGCAGUUCCAGCUGCCCAGCUACCAGGUGUCCAUCCCCGAGAACAAGCCGGGCGGCACGCCAGUGAUCGCCCUGCGGGCGCAGGACCCCGACGAGGGGGAGGCGGGCCGGCUGGCGUACUCCAUGGAGGCGCUUUUUGAUGAGCGCUCCAACGACUACUUCUCCAUCGACCCGGAGACGGGCAGCGUGGCCACCACCCGCAGCCUGGACCGGGAAACCAAGGACACCCACGUGCUGAAAGUGACGGCGGCCGACCACGGGUCCCCCCGGCGCCGCUCGGCCACCACCUACUUGACCGUGACUGUGAGCGACACUAAUGACCACGAGCCGGUGUUUGAGCAGCCUGAGUAUCGGGAGAGCAUCAGGGAGAACCUGGAGGUGGGUUAUGAGGUGCUGACCAUCCGUGCUACGGACGGCGAUGCUCCAGCCAAUGCCAACAUGCUUUAUCGCUUGCUUGAGCCAGGUGCUGGGGACAGUGUCUUUGAGAUAGACCCGCGCUCUGGCGUAGUAAGGACCCGUGCCCUCAUAGACCGUGAGGAGGUCUCCGAGUACCACCUGGUGGUGGAAGCUAAUGACCAGGGCAAGGACCCGGGUCCUCGGAGCGCUACAGCGAUGGUACACAUCACUGUGGAGGAUGAGAAUGACAACUACCCACAGUUCAGUGAGAAGCGCUAUUUGGUACAGGUGCCGGAGGAUGCCCCAGUGAACACUCAGAUCCUGCAGGUGCAAGCAACAGAUCGGGACCGGGGCAGCAACGCCCAAGUGCACUACAGCAUUGUGAGUGGCAACCUCAAAGGCCAGUUCUACAUCCACUCUUUCUCUGGCGCUAUCGACCUGAUCAACCCUCUGGAUUAUGAGACCAUCCGUGAAUACACGCUGAGGAUCAAAGCCCAGGAUGGGGGCAGGCCUCCCUUAAUCAACUCCAGUGGGAUGGUGUCAGUGCAAGUGGUGGAUGUGAAUGAUAACGCCCCCAUCUUUGUCAGCACCCCCUUUCAAGCGACUGUGCUGGAGAAUGUGCCCCUGGGCUACUCUGUGCUACACAUUCAGGCAGUGGAUGCUGACUCUGGGGACAAUGCCCGCCUGGAGUACAGACUUGUGGACUUGAACCCCACUCCUGGGGGAGUAUCCGUAGGGGGGGAUGCUGGGUUCCCCUUCCAGAUCAACAACAGCACUGGGUGGAUCACAGUAUCAGCUGAUCUGGACAGAGAGACUGUGGAGAACUAUCACUUUGGGGUGGAGGCCAGGGACCAUGGAGUUCCUGUCAUGACUUCCUCAGCCAGUGUGGCUAUCACAGUUCUGGAUGUCAAUGACAACAACCCUACCUUCACCGAAAAAGUCUAUCACCUCAGGCUGAACGAGGAUGCAGCAGUGGGCAGCAGUGUCCUGACACUGACUGCAGUAGACAGAGAUGUCAACAGCGUGGUGACUUAUCAGAUCACAAGUGGCAAUACCAGGAACCGUUUUGCAAUCACCAGCCAGAGUGGGGGUGGGCUGAUCACUUUGUCCUUGCCCCUGGAUUACAAACAGGAGAGGCAGUAUGUGCUGACUGUCACUGCUUCAGAUGGUACACGCUUUGACACCGUCCAGGUCUUUAUCAAUGUCACAGAUGCUAACACACACCGCCCAGUCUUCCAGAGCUCCCAUUACACAGUGAGUGUCAGUGAGGACAAGCCUAUUGGCACAUCUAUUGUGUCUAUCAGUGCCACGGAUGAAGACACGGGGGAAAAUGCUAGGAUAACAUACAUUUUGGAGGAUAACAUCCCCCAAUUCCGCAUUGACCCAGACACAGGCACUAUCACCACCCUGAUGGAACUGGACUAUGAGGACCAGGCCUCUUACACAUUGGCAAUUACAGCCCGAGACAAUGGGAUCCCUCAGAAAUCUGAUACCACCUACGUUGAGAUUCUUAUCCUGGAUGCCAAUGACAAUGUACCCCGCUUCCUACGUGACCGGUACCAGGGCUCAGUCUUUGAGGAUGUGCCGCUCUCCACCAGUGUUUUGCAGCUGUCGGCCACUGACCGGGACUCAGGCCUCAAUGGGCGCCUCCUUUAUACCUUCCAGGGUGGUGAUGAUGGAGAUGGAGACUUUUACAUUGAGCCCACUUCUGGAGUGAUACGCACCCAGCGCAAGCUGGAUCGUGAGAAUGUGGCUGUAUACAGCCUGCGAGCCUUUGCUGUGGACAGAGGCAGCCCACCCCUUAAAGCCUCUGUCGAUGUUCAGGUCACUGUACUAGACAUCAAUGACAAUCCACCUGUCUUUGAACAGGAUGAAUUUGACAUCUUUGUGGAAGAGAACAGCCCUGUGGGCUCCAUUGUGGCCCGGAUCAGUGCAGCUGACCCAGAUGAAGGAACCAACGCACAAAUCAUGUACCAGAUUGUUGAGGGUAACAUCCCUGAGGUCUUCCAGCUUGACCUCCUCAAUGGUGACCUUACUGCCCUGAUGGAUCUGGAUUAUGAGAGCCGGACCGAGUAUGUGAUUGUGGUACAAGCCACUUCAGCCCCGCUUGUCAGCCGAGCCACUGUGCACAUUCGUCUGCUGGAUCAGAAUGAUAACCCACCUGCGCUACAGGACUUCCAGAUCCUCUUCAACAACUAUGUGACCAACAAGUCUAACAGCUUUCCCUCUGGGGUGAUUGGCAAGAUCCCAGCCCAUGAUCCUGAUGUGUCUGACAGCCUCGUCUACACCUUUGUGCAGGGCAAUGAGUUAAACCUGUUGAUUCUGGACCCUGCCACUGGGGAACUUAAGCUCAGUCGAGAUCUGGACAACAACAGACCUCUGGAGGCCCUCAUGAAAGUGUCAGUCUCAGAAUCCCUUACUAUUACAAAGAGGAUGUUUCAGCUGCGUUCAAUGACACUGCAAACCAUACUGUACCAGUUUUAAUACAGAACCUAACACCCAAUUCUGUCAUAUUUAUUUUGAGCAACAUUAUAUUCUAGAGUAGUUGUUCUGAAAUUACUAUAUUUGGGGGAAUAAAAUAUUACUCAGUAAGAGUAAGUGUGGUAGAACCAAGCCUUAGGGAUUUAUUGUCGUGACAGAAAGCUCUCAUUAGUUCAGCUGAAAUAUUGUUUCCCAACUCUCAUAUGUGAGCUACAUCCAAACUUAGCCAAGGC